UUGAGUCAAAAUAGCAAGUUGAGACUCAGAAAGGAGUUAUUGAUCAAGUAUUCUGUCGACCAUCGGAGCUCCACUCCCGAGUCCAUGGACUAGGGUUCUUCGCGUUCAGAUUUCUCACGCAGGAAUUGUGGAUUCUCCUGUCUGAUUCGCAAUGGACUUCAAGCUCUCGUUGUUGCUCUCCUCACUCUGCUUCCUUGCUCUCUUUCGCCUCUCUUCGUCAGCUUCAGGAGAGACAAAAUCAUUUGAGUCUGUUCCUGAUCUUGAAAAGUCCAUGUACAAAGAAAUUGAGGGAUUCCCGUGUGUACGACUGCUCAACCUCUCAGGGGAAAUUGGUUGUUCAAACCCUGGCCGUGAGAAAGUUGUUGCUCCAAUUGUCAGAUUUCAGAAUGCAAAGGAGUUUGUUGGAUCAGCUGCAAUAUUGGUUUCUAUAGAUGAAUUUGAGAGCUUACUUUCAAGAGUAUUAAAGGAUUCAGCUUUUUCUAGCAAAGUAGCUGGGAUUUUGGUUGAGUCAAGCACUCCGGUUCAAAAUGCCAGAAUGGGUUUUUCUCCAGAUGUUAAGUUUCCACAGGCCGAAUUUGCUCCAUACCAAAGCAACAAUUUUGAAUGGAACCCAGAUGGUACUGGAGUUAUGUGGAAGAAUUAUAAUUUUCCUGUGUUUUUGCUCUCCGAGACUAGCACAUCAAUCUUGCAAGAGGCUGCCUUAAUGAAUGAGAAGAGCGAAAUGUCUUAUACUGAAAAUGUUGCUGAGUUUGAUCUAGUUAUGCAGACCACAAAAUCCAGUACUCAUGAUUCGGAAUCUUGUUUGAAAGAAGGAACUUGUCUUCCUCUGGGUGGAUACAGUGUCUGGUCAGCACUUCCACCAAUCAACAUUUCGUCUUCGCUAAAGGCAAAACCAAUCAUUCUGGCAAUGACGUCUAUGGAUUCUGCAUCUUUCUUCCGUGAUAGAAGCCUCGGCGCUGAGUCCCCUAUAUCUGGAUUAAUUGCAUUGCUUGCUGUGGUUGACGCGCUUUCCCAUCUUGAUGGCUUGGAAGAACUUAAUAAACAGCUUGUUUUUGUGGUUCUAACUGGAGAAUCCUGGGGCUACCUUGGUAGCCGGAGAUUCUUUCUAGAAUCUGAUAAACAAUCAGACGCCAUGAAAGGACUCGAUCUGGCAAUGCUUGAAAUGGUACUUGAAAUUGGAUCAGUUGGAAAGAGCUUUUCUCAGGGCAACAAGACAUUUUUUGCUCAUACUGCAGGGGCUGCAUCCUCUGUUAAUGGAACAUUUAAUGUGCUGCAACGUGCACAAGAUUCCUUGGUAACUGAAAGCAUUAUGGUCAAAAGAGCCAGCACAACAAAUCCUGGGGUUCCCCCAUCCUCGCUAAUGACAUUUCUGAGGAAGAAACCCCAAAUUUCUGGCUUUGUCUUGGAAGACUUUGACUCUACUUUUAGCAACAAGUUCUAUCACAGUCAUCUUGAUGAACUAUCAAAUAUAAGCCCUUCAUCCAUUGUGGCAGCUGCUUCCCUUGUUGCUCGAACUCUAUACAUCCUUGCUGGUGGCAAAGAUUCGGCUAUAAAUACUAUAAAAGUCAAUGCCUCUUUGGUGGAAGAACUUCUAGGUUGCCUAUUAGCUUGUGAACCUGGAUUAUCAUGCGGGCUGGUGAAGCACUAUAUAUCUCCUUCAACAACUUGCCCAAGCCACUAUGUAGGUGUCAUUUUGGGAGAACCAUCAUCUGCACUUUAUCCUGCUUAUGCUGGGGAUGUUUCAAGGUUUGUGUGGAACUUUUUAGCAGAUAAGACAUCAAUCUCAUUGAGAAAUGUAGGCUCUUCGUGCGCAAAAGCUUGCAGUGGUGUUGGUGAAUUGUGCAUUAGAGGAGAGGCUGAUGGCAAAGGUGUCUGCGUUAUCUCAACCACCAGGUAUGUUCCUGCAUAUUCAACUCGUUUGAAGUAUGAAUCGGGCAGCUGGAUAGUGCUACCCAACAAUUCCUCAGAUAACAUGGAUGUUGAUGAUCCAGUUUGGACUGAAAGUAAUUGGGACAUAAUAAAGGUCAGGAUGUACAGAGUCCAAAAUUCAUCCUACGAUUACCUAAUUUUGCUGUUGGGUAUCAUUGUGACACUUUUGGCUUACAUUUUAAUAGAGAUAGCUAAAAGUGUCAUUAGAAAGGCUUUGAAACAGGAGUGACAUACUAUUCUUUUGGCGAGUCCGACUGCUGAAAUAGCCGUAAGCUGGCUAAUUUGCACUCUUUGCACAUGUUAGCAAACUAGAGAUAUUGCUGAUAGGAAACAGGAAAUUGGAAAGUGUAAAGAACCAUAUUCUGUAGCAGUGACCCAAAUGGGAUGAGAAACUAUUCCAAUUUUUAUGUGAUCCUGGAUGUAGUUUUUUGGACCUAUUUAGACAUCAUUGCCAAUUAGCGAUAUUAGAACGAUGUACGAUACCUAAAUAUGUUACAUUGUUGUUAAAUGCACUUAUUUUCUCAAAUUGUCUGACUGCGAGAAGAGUUAGUUGAGACAAGUUGAGGAAACGGUGGAAGCCAAGAAAUUUAGUGGAUCUCUUGUUUC